AUGUCCUCUUCAGAUACUAUUGUUGUUGCUGCUACUGGUGGCAGUGCCCCUCCACCAAAUCAACUAAUCACCAUUAAUCCUGCAUCCCAACUACCUCUCAAACUCACUGGCAGUCACAAUUUCUCGACAUGGAAAGCUCAACUUUCCACUCUCCUUAUUGGAUAUGAUCUCAUGGGUUAUGUAGAUGGCACGGAACUGUGUCCUCCACAGUUCCUUAUUUCAACAGAUGGUUCAAGCAAGCCCAACCCAGCCUACAAAAUCUGGACAAGGCAAGAUAGCCUUCUUCGAAACGCAAUCAUGGCCUCAGUGGAUUGCACAAUCGCACCAAUGAUAGCCAAUGUCACCACAGCUGCACUUGCUUGGAAAUGUCUUCACACUACAUAUGCCAACAAAUCCCAGGCUCGGAUUUUUGGACUUCGUGAACAACUAUCCGCGCUGCGAAGGAAUUCAAAAUCUAUUGCUGAUUUCAUGGGUGAAAUAAAAUCCUUAGCGGAUGAACUGGCAGCCACUGGAUCUCCUUUAACCAGCGAAGAGUUGACGAUUAAAGUCCUUAGUGGUUUAGGUCCUGAAUUUAAGGAAAUUUCAGCAGCCAUCCGAGCCCGAGACACACCUAUAAGCUUUGAAGAACUAUAUGAUAAACUACUUGGUCAUGAAGUUUUCCUAAAGCAUGAAGAUGCCAAGAAGGAACAACUCACUAUCACUGCUCAACUCAAUCAGAGAAACUCCUCAAACAGUCGACCUCGUAGUAACAACUUCAACACCAAUCGCAAGUCCUUCUCCACAAAUGGACAGUCCAGCAAUCAUCUCAAACAUCAGAAUGGAUAUAAUCCAUGA